CUUUAAUUCACCGCGUUAUACACGAUCUGAAUUUUGUUAUUUCCUUUUGAAGUAUUAGGUAUACCGCAAACUAUGCCGUGUGAGUGUGGAGAACACAGCUGCUUCUGCUUUAAUGUCUGCAGAUGCCGUGAUGGACCGUGUGAAUGUGAGCUUUGUACUGAAAUUAGGUUGCACUCUUGCAGCAUCUGCCAACGCCCAGCUUUCCUGGAAGGCCGCUUCUUAUCGUCCGCUUACUUCAAAGAAUAUUGCUGCUGCUUCAUUGGAGAAUCCGAUGUUUUGCCCGACCAAUCUGCAGCUAAUCCUCAACAGGAUUCACAGGAUCAGCAGGAUGCACAGGAUCCUAUAAAAGUAAGUGGAUGGCCUCCCUUAGUUAUAGCCAGUUCCGAAAGUCUUGAGUCUACAGAACGCAAAUUAAGUGAUUUAAGAGUAGAUGUGGAAAUGAAGGAAAAUGAUUCUUUUGAAGUUUCUAAUACUCACGGAGAGCCAAGCCAAAAAACGGAAAGCUCUUUACCACUAGGUGUUGGCAAUUUCCAACAAACUUUAAUGACAAAAUUUCAAAAAGCUACUACUCAACAAAAUUUAGAGGAGGAUAUGUUGAGUAAACCAGAGACGCAGUCGAGUUCCGAAAGUCCUGAGUUUACAGAACGCAAAUUAAGUGCUGUAGAAAGUUACGAGUUCCCUAGUGGUUCUUUUGAAGUUUAUAAUGGCGACGGAGAGCCAAGCCAAAAAACGGAAAGCUCUUUACCACGAGGUAAACCAGAGACUCAGUUGAGUCCGAGUUCCGAAAGUCCUGAGUUUACGGAACGCAGAUUUAAUAUUUAUAAUACAUACCAUGUGUCCUCGAGUGAUUCUUUUGAAGUUUCUGAUAGCGACGAAGAGCCAAGCCAAAAAUCGGAAAGCUCUUUAUCACGAGAUGUUGGCAAUUUCCAACAAACUUCUAUGACAGCUGAAGCAAAAGAUUCCGGGCAGUCGGCGUCAGAAAAUCAUCCAGCUGAAACAAAAGAUUCCGGGCAGUCGGCGUCAGAAAAGGAUUCAAGCGAUGCAAGAGAUUCGGUACCAUUACCGUCGGAUUUACAUUCUGACAAAACUUCAUCCGAGUCUACAAAAUUCGAAAAGCGCAGUUAGUGACGAAAGAACUCGUCAGAAUACUUAAAGUAGAAAUUUGUUGAAGCGUUAAUUACGAAAGGACAAAUACAAGGAUGAUUCAUUAGAAAAUAUAGGUCUAUUCUGAGAAAUUAAUAUUUCGAAAGAAUCGAUAAGUUUAUGAACUUGACAAAUUUCAAGCAUUUCGAUGCUGGAUGAUAUUUUAUCGAACCCAAUUCAUAUUUGUAGUUUUAACAUUUACUGAGAACUUUAAUCAUCAUAUUUGACCAUAUCAAUUUCGUUAUUUAUCGUUUAUUUUGUUACAUAUCUGUUAUACUACUAUACACGGUAAUUUUAAAUCUGGUAUUUUAAAAUAAAAUCAUUUACGCUUCGUGAA